UGAAGCGUAUCGUCAGCGAAUUAGUAAACUUAACAUUUUAUAAUUACGCUAUGAUACAACGCUUUUUAUAAAUUAUUUUAUAAAAAAAAUUAUUUUUUAUAUUAUAUUAUCAUUUCAAUCAUUCUUUUUCAAAAAUUAUUUUAUAUUAUUUUACUUUUCUACACCGUUUUUUUGACUCGUUGAAGAAGUUUUUACACAAUGGGUAAACUGGGGAUCAGACAUUUGCAAGUCCUUCUACUUUUCUUCGCCAUGGUCAUUGGAUAUUUUCUUAGAGUGGGAAUGUCAGUGGCUGUUGUGGCAAUGUCAAACUCUACUGCGGCGAAUCCAGAGAUCGAAGAUUAUGGAUGGACUUCGUCGCAAAGGUCAUCGAUCCUUAGUUCGUUUUUCUGGGGUUAUACGAUAAUGCAGAUGCCAUCGGGCUAUAUCAUUACCAUUUGGAGUACUCAAAAGCUUCUCUGUUUGGGGAUGUUCAUUUGCGGUUUAUUUAGUUUACUGAUGCAGGUUGCUGCUCAUUAUGGCGGCAUCAUAGCUGUAUACGUUUGCAGGGUAGGCAUGGGUCUCUGUCAAGGUUGCCUCUUACCUUCCAUACACACCCUUCUCUCCAAAUGGGUGCCGCCCUCAGAGAGGGCAAGACUUGGUACCUUCACAUACGCAGGAGCACAGUUUGGUACCGUUAUCGCUCUUCCACUUAGUGGUCUGCUCGCAGGAUCAUCGAUAGGAUGGCCUAGCAUUUUUUAUAUUUCUGGUGCUUUUUCUAUCUGCUGGAGUAUAAUAUUUCUCUUCCUCGGUUCUGAUACACCGACUACUCACUCAACUAUUUCCUUCGAAGAAAAGAUGUAUAUUGCGAGCAACCUUGAAACUUCUCAUCCUGAUAACGAAGAGAAAUUACGAACACCAUGGAAACAGAUUUUUACAUCGACACCAAUGUGGGCAUUGAUAAUUGCUCAUUGCGGUCAAAGUUGGGGAUAUUGGACUCUUCUCACGGAAAUGCCAACUUAUUUGAACUCAGUUUUGGGUUUUGAUAUCGAAAAGAAUGGAAGUAUCUCAGCAUUGCCCUAUUUGGUGAUGUGGAUGUUAAGUUUCCCUGUAAGCUGGCUUUCGGAUUACGCUCUUAAAAAGAAUGUUUCUAGGUCGGUGACGAGGAAGUUAUCUAACACUAUCGCUUAUUGGGGCCCUGCCGCAGCUCUGGUUGUUUUAGGUUUUGUUCCGAUCAAUAAUCCACUGUGGACUAUUGUAAUUCUUGUUAUAGCGGUUGGACUUAACGCUGGAUCGCUUUGUGGAUAUCAAAUAAAUCACAUUGAUCUUAGUCCGAAUCAUGCCGGCACUAUGAUGUCUAUCACUAAUUGUUUGGCCUCUGUCAUCGCGAUAAUUGCACCUAUAAUCUGUGGGGAAAUCGUUUACGACUUGAGCAGUACAUCUCUAUGGUCAAUAAUAUUUUAUAUUUCGGCUAGCGUUUAUUUCGUGAGUAAUUUGAUAUUUCUCAUUUGGGGUAAAGCCGAAAUACAAUGGUGGAACGAUCUUAAAAGCGGUAAAGAGAAUAAUGUGUUACUCAAACCGAUUUAGUGUGCAAUAUUGAUUCUGACAAGAAUAAUGGUUGUAAUUAUAUUUUUUUAUGCGAAUUAGCAUUCUAUAUAAUAAUUGCCGAUACAUGUAGCAUUCAUAUGCAUUCAACAGACUGCAUCAAUGCUCAUUAUUCAUUCGCAUAAUUCUUCUUUUCAUGUUAAUUUUUGAUGUACCAUUUGUCUUGUUAUUUUUAUGUUGUAUUUAUAUCGUGUACCAAAGUUCGAUCAUUAUUUAUUGUAUCAUAGUUAUAUAGAUAAAUGAAAAAAAAUAUAUAUUAUAUAUUAUGUAUAUAUAUAAAUGUAUUAUAUUGUUAAUGCGAUAAGUUGUUGAACGAAUAAUUUUAUUAUUGAUUAUGUUGGUUCUUAUUUUGUCUUCUUACGUGUCGAGACAUUUAACACUCAUAGAUAAUAGUUACUGAAAUAACGAAUUGAUUUCCUAACUUAUCGACGGUACAUAGUCCAAAUUUUUAAUUCAUUUCUGUCGAUAAUAGCACUGCUAUCAUAUAUCUCCUGUCGACAAUAUUGCAUAUAAGAAGGGGUUAACCUUUUUGUCUUAACGGGCUUGUGAAAUAAUGUACAUUUAAUUUUCCUAUAUUAAAAAUGUUUUAUAAAUAGGAAUAAUAAAGAGAUUAAAAUUUUUGAA